CGCAGUGCUACAUGGGUAAUCCGAGAGGCAGCGGCCAUCUUGCGUAUGGAACUGCUCCAGCCUCGCGUCUCUUUCCAGCUCUGUUCAGUAGCUACGUUUUGGACGGCCUUUCGCCUUCCCGGAGAUGCCUUACAGUGAAAUCGAAGCUAAGUUUUUGGGACCUGGGAAAGAACUAACAAGGGAACCAUACUAUAAAAAAUUGAAGUCAGCUGCAGAUGAUGGUGUUUCCCCCCAUCGAGGUGGUCCUGAUAGUCACAGAAUUCAAGAAAAAAACAGAAAUACUAGGAUCCCUGUGGCCACCAUUACCUUCAGAAGACGUGUUUGUCCUCAGGAAGACAAAACAAGUCCAGAUGUGUCAAAGCCUCUGCACGAGGAAAUGCCUGGUGAUAAACUAGGUGGUGCUGAAUCCAGUGGUUCACAAACUUUGCAGGGUGGAAAGCCUUCCCCACUGGCCAGGGAUGAUGAAAUCUAUAGCACAAGUAAAGCAUUCAUAGGCCCCAUUUACAAACCCCCCGAGAAAAAGAAAUGCCGUGAAAGGAAGAGUGGGACAGAUACUUUGAGUAGUAUAGAUAGCAAAAGAAGACAAGAGGAAAAACAGAACUCUAACUCUAAAUUGGAGAUCGACACGGAAUUAUCCCAGUUUUACAAAGAAAUUGAAGAACUGGAAAAUGAAAAUGAAGCUUCCCAAGGAAGUUGCAAGGAACCAGAACCUUCCGAAGAACAAAUUAUUCCUUAUGACCAGGCUUGUAAUAACUUAAAAUCUGAGGAGGAAAAUAAAGACCUUAGUAAUGGUCUUCAGUCACAUUGUGGUUAUCAAGAGUACUUAAAGGAUGAACCAGAUUAUCCCUGCGAUGAACAGUUAAUACCUACAUUUUGUGAAACUUCAUUUCCUUCCUUCAGGCCUGAAUGGCAGUCAGUACAUCCUUUUGUCAUGCCCCAUGAUCCUCUUCCCAGUUUUAAUUAUUUUAAUAUUCAAAGAUUUGGUACCCCACUACAUCCAUCACCAGAUGUUUUCCAUGGACAAGAUGACUCUCAGAUGCAGAAUGGGUGUUAUAUAGAUAGUUAUCAGGAUGGCUGGAGCUGUUUGACUUUUGAUCAGAAUGAUGAAUAUGCUAACUAUGAUGUGGCAAGCAAUAAUGUUCAUCCCUUUAGAAAUGGCUACAGUGUACAAGAUGAAAGUGUGAAUAAUGUUUUCUGUGAAAUCAGAGAGUGCUGGCAAGAUCCUUCCAUGGACAAGCAUAAUGAAGCAGACAGGUUUGUGAACCAGUGGUUUCAAGAGGAGAAGUUAAAUAAAUUGCAGAAAUUACUUAUUCUUUUACGAGGCCUCCCAGGCUCUGGAAAAACAACAUUGUCUCGAAUUCUGCUUGGUCAGAGUCGUGAUGGCAUCGUGUUCAGCACUGAUGACUAUUUUCAUCAUCAAGAUGGGUACAGGUACAAUGUUAAUCAACUUGGUGAUGCCCAUGACUGGAACCAGAACAGAGCAAAACAAGCUAUCGAUCAGGGGAGAUCUCCAGUUAUAAUAGACAACACUAAUACACAAGCCUGGGAAAUGAAACCGUAUGUGGAAAUGGCCAUAGGAAAAGGAUACAGAGUAGAGUUUCAUGAACCGGAAACUUGGUGGAAGUUUGAUCCUGAAGAAUUAGAAAAGAGGAAUAAACAUGGUGUGUCUCGCAAGAAGAUUGCUCAAAUGUUGGAUCGUUAUGAAUUUCAAAUGUCCAUCUCCAUUGUGAUGAAUUCAGUGGAACCAACACAGAAAAGCAUACAAAGGCCCCCUCCUCUCCAGGGGGAGCAGAGAGGAAGAAUUUUGAAGAAAAGUGGAUAUAGGCUUGACAAAACCAAACAGAAGAGAAACAGGACAGGAAAGAAAAGGAACAACGGUUUUAGUGAGAACUCACUUGCAACCUUAGGUCACCUUGUGCCUGGAGGUCAGGAUCUGUCUCAGAGGGAAGGGGAAGGCUUUGAAGAGGCCAAGAGGGAACCAGGGCAUCCCUUACCUCGUGAUUGUAGAAAUGGCCAAGAAGAGCAAAGCUGGCACGACAGAAAGAUAUCAAAGAGUUUCCAAAAGACUGUGUGUAGAAUUGAGUCGGACCACACACCUAAGAACUGCCUCCCCAAGGAGGCGGAAGAGGAGAGGAGCUCAUUUCCGGCUUCACCGUCGGUACCGCCUGCCUCUCAUCGCACAAGCGCUCAACAUCUGUCUCGUGCAGGGAGGGAUGGCUGCUCGGGCAUGAGGGUGGGACAGCAUAUGACGAAUAGACAUAACUCAGCCCUAGACACCCAGGUCGCAUGUGCUCAAACCCCGUGCUCGUUUGUGCAGAAGACAGAGAUGAUGCAUAAAAGUCGCCCAGAUGAGUUUGCUGUGAAUCAUCAGGGUGGGACCAGAACGCCAGAGGAAAGGUUGGGAAGGGAACAAGGAGUCAAAGGCGAUUGCUGGGCUUUUUUUACAGCUAGUUUGUGUGAUGAAGAGUCACGGUUCGAGUCUGAGAGUCAGCCAUAUUUGGGCAGUUGGCCAGAGGGACCUCAUAAGUUUGUGUGUGAACAGAGACCCAAGAAAGCUAGGUCUCGAAGACUGACCUGUCCUGAUAGGGAAGAACAAUUGGUUAAGUUGAUUUCCACUUCUGAAGAAGCAACAGGCUCAGGAGGCCUAGAAAUACCAACAGAGAAGAAGCUACUGAUAGACUCAUCUCCGAAAGCUGAAACUGUAGGUUUACCCUCAAACCCAGGAGCAGAUAUCGCCAACAGCCAUGUCCCCUGUCUGAACUCCCCAGAGCACCCCUUAGAAUCAGCAAAGGGUACCCAAGGGGUGCAGAGGGAGAUCUGCAAUUUGCCACCAGGGUCUAAGUUACUGGGACAGACUCAUAUCAACCCUGAAGAAAAGGAGAAAUGGGACCUCUUAACAGGGAGACAUGGGCUGAACACGGUUUCUUGGGGGAAAGAUAUUUCUGAUAACAAUACAGAUGAGAAAAAGCAAGAAGUGAUGCUCUUUGACUGUCGUCUGCCUUGGUUUUCCCUUGAUAACCCCCAUGACUCUCCUCUCAGUGUGACAGGGAAGGCUUGCUCCUUUCGCCUGGCCUUUUACAGACUAGGAUGCACUGUGUAUUUUUAUAAAAACCCUGUCCCUUCUCUCAUGAUACAUUACCUGUCUGCCUUUUGCAUGGUAUCUUUUCACAGCAAAAGAACACUUUGGACUUUGAAGUCUCAGAAAAGAGUGGAUAGGACACUAACGGAUGGCGGGUUUUUUCCCUCAGAAGUUUUAAGCAGCCAGCCCGAUACUGUUUGUGCUCUGAGGAUUUCUUCUGAUCGUCGUUUUUCAAAUGUGCAAUUCGAUGGAAAGCUGAAGAUGUGGGAGGCCCGGGACCCGGUGCAGCAUGGGCCUGCUGAGGACAUCCUGGAUGAAAACGGGAACUGUCAGUCCUUCGGGCCACUAGCACAGGCGGUUGCCUGUCACCCAGCCAAACUUUUGGGAUCUCCUGGAGAUUCAAUGGAACCCUUGUUACCGGAUGACCUGCCACAGGAUUCCUUUUGAUAUGGAAGUCACUCAAGAUACUGCCUUUGCAAUGGAAGAUGUCAAUAAAGAUGUUUUCCUCUUGCCCCUGCUUCUGCUGGAGACGGAGCACUGCAUGCUGGGAGAACUUAGAGCUUUGGAGAGGCCGCUCGAACAAGAUGAGUGUGGUAAGAGACUGUGGGAGCUCUGAAGAAAGGGGUGAGAACUCUCAUGGUGUUCCCCAGUGCAUCUUAGACCUGGCUCUGUAAGCCGAGGGACAGCGGGUGAGCUCUUCCCUGCCCUCCAUGCUGUGUGUGGCAAUGGUAGGGAGUGUCUCCCUGCCCCGCCCCCCCCUGAGGUGAGGAGGCCCUACAGCUGAGCUGCCCAUCCAAGGAACCUGCAGCGGCCUUGAGUUUAUUUAGCUGUGGCCAAUCCGAGAGUCUCUUCUCGGUGUUGACGGACGUGCAGCGCCUUAGUGUCGAGGACCGGCUCUGUAUGUGCUUCUGGUUUUGAAGUCGCUCCUCCAUUCCGCCCCAACUGUUCUCCGUGGCACUGGCCUCACCAACAGCCUCAUCCUAAACCUUCAUCUGAACAUCUCACGAGGGCUGGAGCAAUAUGUGUAUUCACUGCAGUUAUUCCGAGAAAGAGCCUUCCGGUUGGGUUUGCACGGCAUACUGACAAGGAGGUUUUAAAGGGCAAACAGAAAUAUAGGAAGGAAGAGGCAAUUAUAAGGUUCUCCUGCUGGGCUGUAGAAGUCCCGUGGUGGCUCCUGCCUGUUUCACAGUGCUCGGCACUGGUUGCCAAGUGUUGACAGCCACAGUCCUCUGUGGAAGCUGAGGCAGGCCAAGGAUGUGCCUGUCCUGGAGCUGCUACCUGCUGUGUGACCCGAAAACAUUAAUCUCCUCACAUCCUUGAUUUUCUUAACUAUAAUAUAUAAGUAGAUAAUACCGCUUUACUAAUGCGCACAGUACUUGGGAUAGCGCCGAGAAGUCCAGGCUUUAGCGCGGGUUCAUUUCAUCCUCGCACACCUCCCGGGCAACGGCCUCCGGCAGCACCAAACUGUAGUGUGGUGUCUUAGAAGACAGAAGGAUUGAGUCGGGAAACCUGCUCACAAAUUUGCAUAAAUCCCUGUAGUGGUCACUAUGAACGUCUGUACUACAAAGGGCCGCACCUCAGGGGCUGAGGAGAGAACCUGGCAGCAUGGACUACAGGGAGAGACGGGAUGCCAGGGCAUGGCACGACCAGGGCAGCAAAGGGGACCCAUUGUGUCUGCACAUGUCUGGGUGUGUGCUACCUGCGGUGAAGAUCUCUGCUCCCUGUCCUGCUGCUGAGAAAUCACUGAGAAAAGCCAGGGAGCCCAGUGCUGACCCCCAGAGGCCUCCCACGCGCCCCUACUGGUCGCUGGCACUAGCCUCCAGUCAUUGCUCCCGAGAAGCUGUGUCAGUGAAAAGAAAGAAAACUCGGCAAGCAGCAACAGUGUGAACACGGCCACUGCCUGAUGCUGUUAGCUCGGACUUCCAGGGGAAAGAGAGGCACGGACAGCCCUGUAAUAGCUCUGAGAUUGGCUUAGUAAACCUUAUGCAAGUAUUGACCUAUGGCCACAGCUCUAGGAUCUGAAAUCCCCAAAGGCUCUAAAAUCCAAAUGCUGUUUUGUUUAUUCAGUGGUGAAAUAUACAAUAAAAUAUAUUACCUUA